AUGAGGCCAGAGCUCAACCACCUUAGUUUGAGGAUAGAAGAAUGUUGGCGGUUGGAAGAAGCUACAAGAAAUCAAGCCAGUUCACAACUUUGGAGGAAAGAAAGACAUAAACGUUUCACUGCAUCUAAUUUUGGGGAACUAUCAAAACGGCGGAAGACCCCUGAUGACAGGUUUUUAUCACGAAUUUUCAAGCCAAAGAACAUUGAUCAUGUACCCGGCAUAAAACAUGGUAAAACAAACGAAAACGUAGCUCGUGAAAUUUACCAGAAAGCUGAGCCAAGCGUUAGGGUGUUUCCAUCAGGAUUGGUGGUCCACCCAGCAGCUAAUUUCUUGGGUGCUUCGGCGGAUGGCCACUUAGUCGAUAAUAUGGAAGUUGGACAGGAAAAUGGAGUCUUGGAAAUUAAGUGCCCCUUAUGGGAGUCGUUGUCGAAAGGUCUUUUUAUAUAUUUAGCGAUAUUUUGA